AUGCCUGUUUUUUUUUUUUUUUUUUCUUCUCAUUGUCGUUUGUUUCUUGUGGCGCCCCCUCCCCCCACUGCGAUUGCACAACGAAUAGGGCGGGCCGGCGAAGGAGUUAAAAGUUGGGUGGAAUUCACGACAGGGAGUUUGGCGAAAAGAAAAGCGGAAGAAAGGAAGCCCAAUACACAAAGAAAAAGAGAAACACACCCUGCCGCUCUACCGUGGCGCCUGAGAAUGAGACAGGGACAGGGACGACAAGUAAUCACACCCUCUUUACCCGUCUCACAGGAAGUGCAACUGACAGAAGAAGAUGAACAGGACCGUCGUUGGAUCGUGGACUCCGAAUCGAGGAGCAGUCUGCUGUUUCUAAGCGUCUCCAGUACGACAGCAUCUCAUAGCCGAAGAAAUCUUUCCUUUUUAACAAGUCAUGUUGGCAAAUUUGACGAGUUACCUAUUUCUCACACGCGGAAAAUAUCUGUCACUCUCCCAUUGCCGCAAAUUGUUUCUGGCCACUUGAGUGAAUUGCGGACGGCCAGUUUAGACCCCGAGGUGGCGAUGCCAGCUUUAGUUGACAAGAUGUCAAUUACAGCAAAACACGAGCUCCCUAUUUAUAAUAUCCGUACGGUUGUACGCAAAGAAAACCACCCGUUGUGGUCACCCUCCACACUGACACAAUUGGAAUACUUGUUUGGACUUCAGAAAUUGGGACAUUCAACUCUUUCUAAGGGCGUUCAAAUGGCUUCUUCCGGGGAACUGGGAUUGCCAGGCACAAUGGAGCGACCUUUAUUGUUGUCAGAGGGAGAGUCGCAUGGAAGCUGCUCUAAAAUAACGAGUAUCGGUGUAGGGGAUCAUCAGCAGGAUUCUGGAUUGUUUAGAACACCGUCCAACGAAUACUUGGCUAUAAAGGGUCGAACAGACCCUUUAGGAAGAGAGCAGCUUUGGGCUGUAUGUCAUUCCUCAUUCGAGUCGCAAACAGGGCUUCAGGGAUUGGGACCGCGCGAGGUCUCCAGCCUUAUUCCAAUGUUGCUGCGUGAUGAAUGUGUCUGUCGUCAAGUAAUUGUGGAGAAGGAGCGUCACGAGGCGCUUCUUACUCUUCCCAUGCCUCCACACGCGACGUUAAACUGGAUCCAUCCAGCACUGGUAGCCGGUAUUGAGGAAAUAACUAUCAUGGAGGAAAUCUGUCGGAAAUAUAUCUUGGAGGAGGAAUCCAACCAAAUUGCUCCAAUAUGGGAUUUCUAUGUCUUUGAACACCGAUGCUUGGUCGUUGGGACAAAAAAACUCACCUGUUUCUUGCGGCGGUGGAUUUUAACUUACAGGGGGCGCAAGAUGCGACAAUUGGAACAACUGAACAGUUUAUGGAGGCGGGAGGAAAAAUCCCGGUUGGAGAUUAUCCAAACAUGGCUGGAAGCCCGGAAGGGGCUUUUUACUCGCUUAUUGAUUGCCACAGAGACCCUGUUCCGUGUUGUCAUUGAAGAACUGCAAAUACACGCGCAGUAUGCCCACGGUCUUAUAAGUAUCUCUUUGAAGGCGCAAACAGAUCUAUUUUUCCACCUGUACGGUGCAGUGAUGCCAAGAGCCAUCGCCUGCGGGAGAAUCUCAGGUUGUACCCGAUUUAAGUUACUUGAUUUAAAUGAUCAGCACGGACGCGGCUGUUUGAGUAGUUGGGAAGAAAAAGGACGUCUUGCUAUAUCUUGUAUGAUGCAGCGGGAGGCUUUGGAGAAGUUCUUGGAAGGUCCCAAGCGUCAACAAAUCGUGGAGGAGGAGUUUUUUGCGCGUGGGAGGCUUACAUGUAUUUUAUUUGCUAUGCUGGAGCGCUGUCACCGACGUGAAAUUGAAAUUGUGGAGGCCUGUGAGUCUCAGUUAGAUGUACUUCCCCACUUCAAUGCUCCGUUGGCAUUGAGUAAACAGCAAAAUGAGGAAAAGCAGGCAGUUCUGUACCUAACGGCGGUGCAGGGGUGCCCUUCGUAG